AUGGACACUCCAACAGACUUCAAGACCCUUCAAGAGACCGUCCAAGCCGCCCUCAUCUCGACCACCCGAACCGCGAACCAGAUCUGCGCCGAAGACCUCGGAUUCCACCGUUCGUUCGACCCCACCGUUGCGGCCGCGCUCGACAGGCAGAAUGCGCGCCUUCUCGCGCUGGCGGAGCGCCUUCUCGGCAAUGCGGCUUCGAGCUCGGAGGCUGUAGGUCCUAAGCUUCCUGAUGCUGAUGCCGUCGAGGGCAAUUGGAGGGAGGUGGUUGAUGUCGUCGACAGUUUGCUAGAGAGGGCCGAUACGAGCUUGGAUGAGUACACGGGCAUGGUCAAGAGGCUGAGUCCUGGACGGCAAGAGUCUCCGGUUCCGAGGGCGAGCGCUUCGAAGCCCUUCAGCGCGUUCACGAAGCUUGAUAUUGCCAAGCCGCAGGUCUUGUUCGAGAACGUGCCGUCCAACGAUGAGACGCAGCCAUGGAAACCUCUCCUUACAACGAAGCCGCAUGCACGAAUACCUUUGGACAAGAGCCUUCAGCUGGUCUCGGACAAGGAGGGCACAAAGCACUACGCGCACCCCUAUCAACAGGAAAUUGAAGCCUACCAGUUCCCCUCCUCUGUCUACACCAAGGCCGAUCCUCUACCCUACCGACCCUUUGAGUCGACAACGGCAACGCUGGUCGACACGCCAGAAGCUCUGGCAUCCAUGCUUGCGGAGUUGAAGACAGCAAAGGAGAUCGCCAUCGACAUUGAGCACCACGACCAGCGGACAUACAUCGGUUUGGUAUCCCUCAUGCAGAUCAGUACACGAGACAAGGACUGGAUAGUAGACACAUUGAAGCCAUGGCGGCGAAGGCUUGAGUGUCUGAACGAGGUGUUUGCGGAUCCAAGUAUCCUGAAGGUUCUUCACGGUGCAUACAUGGAUGUAAUAUGGCUACAAAGAGAUCUCGGCCUGUACCUCGUCGGUUUGUUCGACACUCAUUACGCAGCAAGAUCGCUAGGCUACCCCGGCGGAAGCCUGGCAUACCUUCUGCAACGGUUCAUCAACUUCAGUGCGCAGAAGCAAUACCAGAUGGCCGACUGGCGAUUGCGGCCUUUACCAAAAGAACUAUUCGAAUAUGCUAGAGCUGAUACCCAUUUCCUUCUGUACAUCUACGACAACAUGCGGAACGAGCUAAUCGAAAAGUCCAACUUCUCCAAUCCUGACAGUGACCGCAUAGGGCACGUGCUGCGGAAGUCCAAGGAAACAGCCCUGCAGACAUACGAACAUCCGUUCUACGAUGCUGCUGAAGGACUGGGAUCAAUGGGCUGGUACAAGAUGUUCAACAAGACUCCGGCGAUGUUCUCGAAAGAACAGUUCUCCGUCUUCCGAGCUGUACAUCGAUGGCGAGACACCGUCGCCAGACAGGAAGACGAGAGCAUCCAUUACGUCCUCCCAAACCACGCUCUGUUCACCAUAGCCCGAGCAAUGCCAACCGACAAGCCAGCCCUCUUCAACGCCGUCCAGCCAACCCCCCAGCCUCUCCGCCUACGCGCUGACGAAGUCGUCUCCGUCGUCGCCAAAGCCAGAGCAGAAGGCGUAAACGGCCCAGAGAUGGCAGAUGUCCUCGCCGAAAUCGAAGGCGCACACCCCCAUAAGCCCGCCCCGGCGGCCGUAGCGCCCUACGUAGCCCGCGCCGCCGCCGCCAACUCAACUCCCCAACCUGCGCCUCAGAUCAGCCAGCCCGUCAGGACGCAGACCUCGAGCUUCUGGGGCAAGCUCUGGAACGGCCUGUGGCAGCAGCAGCGCAGACCCCUGACCACGGACGUGCAGCUCGCCGUCCCGCUCCCGGCGCUCACGGCGCAGCUGUUUGCGGAUCCGGCGGACGCUUCGACGCUCACUCAGCAGAAGGUGGCGGUUGAUCCGGGCGCGAGGGCUGAGCAUGCGUUUGUUAGGGCCGAGGAGCGGCCGUUGGAGAAGAGGGAUGAUGGGAUUUUCGUCAUCAAGCAGCUUGGCGGCGGCGCUGGCAGGAAGCGGAAGCUGAAUGACCUGGCGUCAGAGAGAGUUGCUGAGUCCUCGGACUCGCCGGCUGGCCAGGCGGGCUUCGAUGAUCAGGACGAUGAGAUGGCGGUGCCGGAUCUGGAUGCUGUUGCUGCGGAGGAGAAAGCAAAGAUGAGAGCCGAGAGGAAAGCUGCGAAGAGGUUGAAGAAGCAGCAGCAGCAAGUACGGGAAGGGGAGGAAGAAAACAACGGUUCUGUUGCGCCAAACGGCGACGGCGAGGAUGUUGCCGAGCCGGUGCCCUUCGACUAUGCCAACGCCCCGUCGGUGCUCAACAAGCCCAGGGAGAGGCAGAAGAAGGGACAAGAAAGGGGGUUCAAUCCGUACAAGAAGGCCUUGGAUGCGCCAAAGGGCCUUGGCAGGGCGCAGAAAGAGAGGGCCGGGAAGAGCGCAACGUUCAAGAAGUGA